AUGUUGAGAGUCCGGAAAAGGGGCUACUUUGGGAUUUGGUCAUUCUUCUUAAUAAUAGCAAUGGUGUGUGCACAGAGUGUCAAUGACCCUAGCAAUAUGUCGCUGGUAAAAGAGACCGUGGAUAGACUGCUGAAAGGCUAUGACAUUCGCCUGAGGCCAGAUUUUGGAGGUCCCCCAGUGGCUGUUGGCAUGAACAUAGACAUUGCCAGCAUAGACAUGGUAUCAGAAGUCAAUAUGGACUAUACUUUGACAAUGUACUUUCAGCAAGCAUGGAGGGAUAAGAGGCUGUCGUAUAAUGUAAUACCUUUAAAUCUUACACUGGACAAUAGAGUAGCUGAUCAGCUUUGGGUUCCUGAUACCUACUUCUUGAAUGACAAGAAAUCAUUUGUACAUGGGGUCACUGUGAAGAACAGAAUGAUUCGUUUGCAUCCAGAUGGAACAGUCCUCUAUGGUCUCAGAAUUACAACAACAGCUGCUUGUAUGAUGGAUCUACGAAGAUACCCGCUGGAUGAACAAAACUGCACACUGGAGAUUGAGAGCUAUGGCUAUACAACAGAUGACAUUGAAUUUUACUGGCGUGGGGGAGAUAAUGCAGUCACAGGAGUGACAAAGAUUGAACUGCCACAAUUCUCCAUUGUAGACUUCAGGCUUGUCACCAAGAAUGUUGUUUUCUCUACAGGUGCCUACCCAAGGCUGUCUCUCAGCUUUAAACUUAAGAGAAACAUUGGCUACUUCAUUCUGCAGACCUACAUGCCUUCCAUUCUGAUCACUAUCCUCUCCUGGGUUUCAUUCUGGAUUAAUUAUGAUGCUUCAGCUGCAAGAGUUGCUUUAGGAAUCACAACUGUGCUCACUAUGACAACCAUCAAUACCCAUCUUCGAGAGACUCUUCCCAAAAUUCCCUAUGUGAAAGCCAUUGACAUGUAUCUGAUGGGAUGCUUUGUCUUCGUUUUUAUGGCCCUGCUGGAAUAUGCAUUGGUCAACUACAUCUUCUUUGGCAGGGGACCCCAACGUCAAAAGAAAGCGGCAGAAAAAGCUGCCAGUGCCAACAAUGAGAAGUUGCGAAUGGACGUCAAUAAGGUCUUUUAUAAAGAUAUUAAACAAAAUGGGACCGAAUUCCGAUCCCUGGACCCCACUGGAAAUCUCUCCCCAACUAGACGGACUACCAAUUACGAUUACUCUCUGUAUACGAUGGAUCCACAUGAAAACAUUUUGUUGAGCACACUUGAAAUUAAAAAUGAGAUGGCCGCCUCCGAGGCUGUUAUGGGGCUUGGGGACCCUAGAAGCACUAUGCUGGCCUACGAUACUUCAAGCAUCCAGUACCGGAAAGCUGGCUUGCCCAGACACAGCUUUGGUCGCAAUGCCCUGGAGCGACAUGUGGCACAAAAGAAAAGUAGGCUACGGAGACGUGCCUCUCAACUGAAAAUUAACAUCCCUGACUUGACUGAUGUAAAUGCCAUAGAUCGAUGGUCACGCAUAUUCUUCCCUGUUGUUUUUUCCUUCUUCAAUAUUGUCUAUUGGCUUUACUAUGUGAACUAA